UAAUUAUGCCUGACAAACUGUUGGCACUGUUUUAGAUCAUGCAGCGGCACGUAUGUAGGACCCCCCCCAUCCAGGGCAGCACAGCUGGACGCCUGCAGUCACGACAUCCUCCGCUUCUUCGCUCCACGACGAAGGUGUUACGCUCAAAGACAAGUCGUGUCAUGAUUAAGGAAGGAGUAAUUGGGCUGAUCAGUGAGCGUCCCGUGGAGAGGAAAAGGGAAGACUCAGCCUCAGAAAAGGUUUGAGAUGCGUCGCUCUCAGGUGCAGGUUCUUCUGGUGGCUUUGCUUUCCUGUGUGCUGCUGGUGCAGGUCCACGGCGCUCCACACAGGGACGAGCAGACAGGAACACCAGGAGAGGAACUCACAAACAACAAGGAUCUCUCUCCCCUGCUGCUGUGGAAGUUUGUGUCUGAGCUGAUGGCAGCGAGAGCGGACCAGGUGACGCCCGAGCUCGAGGAGGAGGAAGAGGUGGGAGGCAGCGUGGAGGUGAUGCGGCGACACCUGCCCCUCUCCCAAAGAGAGCGCAAGGCGGGCUGCCGCAACUUCUUCUGGAAGACGUUCACCUCGUGUUAACGCAAGGCAUCGAGAGCUGGCCCGCGCCGGGAGUAGAUUUCAUUUCAUUUAAACUGUGCGCUUAUUAUUUAAUCCACGUCUGCUCACUUCGUCGUGAACCACUGCAAGGUGCCAAAUAUGCAGGUGUUCGGGUAAAUGUAAACAGUGAUAAGGAUGUGCUUUUUUAACAUUGGCAGGAAUG